AGUUUGGAGACCAUCAAUGUCGGGCGUGAUCUCAUCUACGAGGUGGCUCAGACUUUUGAGAAGGGAAUUCCGUUUGUCAAGAACUUUAGCAAGUGUGGCGAUUCAUUCAUUUUAAGUGGUGUCGACUUGAAUGUAAGUGAGAUCAGGGUUUCUUUCAGCUAUAUCUCCGGUGGGGGGGGGACUAUCCCCCGGGGAGACUCAAUUACCACACGCCCCCCCUCCCCUCGGAGCAAAAAUAUGUCCAAAUGCGAUAAAUGAGAUUAUUUUAAACUUUACGAAACACCGGAGGCACAUUUGUUGCAAGAUACGUUCUUUUGUGUAACGAAUUGGUCUCACAUAUGGUAUUAUGAAUAUUAGGGGUCGCAAAACCGAUCCCUUUGGCCAAAAAUGGUAUUUUUGAUAUUGAUGUUAACGAAUACCGGAAUCCCGGUAUUUACGAUAUUUUCGAUAUUUAGAUAAUGUUUGGUAGAGAUUCGAGAUUAGAGGUGAGGAUUUAUUAAUGAAAUUAAAAACAUUCAGUCAAAAUAUCACAUUUUGAUUUUGAAUAAGCUUUUAACUAUAACACAAAUGUUUAACUUCAGUCUUAAAUCGAACGAACAAAAAUAAUAUUCUUAACUUUUUAAUUUAAAUAGUUUUAUGAAUGAAACAUUGAAAUAAUUGGUGUUGUUUUAAUCUUUUGUCAAAUUUAAAUAAUGAAAUCGUAAAAAAAGACAAAGUAUGUGAUGUUUCUCACUUAACUUAACCGCAAAUGGUUACAAAAGUAACCUGAUGAAGAGAACACCCGCUCUGACUCCACACUGGUCGGAGGAAUAGACCUUAGGCUAUCAUAUGCAAUUUCUAAAUAUUUUCCUCUUGAACCGCCAAUUUCAAAUUAAGCCAUUUCUAUUUUUACCAAUGUAUCAAUGUCUCCAUCCGUUGGUCUGGAAGUACUGUCCUGAGCCUAAAGUUUCUUUUGUAUUUCAAUUUCUAAUUGUCUCGUAAGCGGCAGUGUGUGUUCAAGUUCAUCAUGCUAAGAUCCAAGAUGUUAAAUUUCAUUUUUCGUAGAUAAUCAGCUAUCUGACCAAGCUUUUGAAUAUUCACGAUAUGUUUUCGCAUCUGGUCACAACCUGGCCUUAGAAAUACGUCCAAGUAGGCACUGGAAUGUGCAAAUUUUAAAUGAGAGUGAAGGCCUGAAGUUGUACCUCAUAAUGUUUUAAGUGUCUUGUUACAUCUAAUACAUUUAGCUGACAGAUUUUCUGUAGCUUUCAAGAAAUCAUGUCAAACUGAUGUCUUUGUUUCCGAUAGUUUCAUAGGCUUUUCAAAUGUAGGUUUAUUUUUUCACGUUUCCCCAUUUCUUUCUAUCAACCUGAAGUGAAAAUAAAUCAUUAACAAAAAAAUUAUGAAUUCAAUCGAAAUGUUGUGACGUGAUAACCUUUUUUAAUGUUUAAAGUUUCAUGCAAAUGUUUGGCUAAGUACGGAAAAGACAAACUGGGACAUUCAGUCGUGUAAAAGUUGGCUAGGUACGGUACCGACAAACUGGGACAUUCAGCCGGUGAAAAGAUAGCUCGAAAAUCAAUCACUUAUUUGUCAAUAAUAUGAAAACAUUAACUUACCAAUCCUGUGCCUUCACGCCGUGACUCGUCUCCAGUUACACACUACACGCGCACGAUGUAACAAAAACAAAACUAAUCACAACGUCAUGAUUCUUGACAAAUGAGAGUACAUAGAUCUAGAUCGUCGGUCGCUUUCAACUUGAGAGACAUGGUGUGAGGGAUUUGCACGUCUCAUAAAUCAUUCAUUUGUCUUGCUUUUAACUACGACGUGGAAACUAAGAAAAACUUCUUUUUUUUUUUUUAAAUUGAAAAUAAAAUCCCGGGAUUAUCGAAAAUCCCAGCUUUCAUAAAUCCAUUCCCGGUUUUUCCGAGCAUCAAUUAUGGUCUGGUAUUCCGGUAAUUCCGAAAGUCAGGAUCCCGGGCCCCUAAUGAAUAUUCGAUAUAGACGGGGUGUGACAUUAAAAUAUUGAUAUUGUUCAGGUGUGUGGAAAAAAGUGUGUGGGGCGCAAUUUAUGGGGUGGGGGCACUUAUUUGGAUUCUUAUACAGUGCGUCACAUGAAUGUAUUUGUUGUCAAGUAACUUUAGUAGAUGGGAAGUUCACGCACUGCGACCUCCAUUGUUUGGCGAGCUAUAGCUUGUGAAACCUAACUAUAUAAAGUCUUUUAAAAUCCUCUUCUGGUCUUAAAUGGGGACUAAAGAUACUUUUUUACUUCUUUCAGUUCAAGAUUUACAAGUUAAAAUAAUUUUCUGCCGAAUUGAUCAUCAUCAUCAUGUCCCGUAGUCUUUGGACCGUUGGGGCGCCACAGAUGACAUAUGAACUAUCCUCCUCCAUUCGUCUCUGUCUUCUGCACGUCUCACAGCAUCGCCUAGUUUCAGUCCCGUCCACUCUUUGAUGUUGUCUUCCCAUCUUUUUCUUAGUCUUCCUCUUCUUCUCCCUCCUCUUGUGGUGCCCUGCAUGAUUUCUUUGGCGAGCCCUUGUUUCCUUGUCACGUGGCCUUACCAUUGUAAUUUACGCGUUUUACAGUCACCAGUAGGUCAUCGUACUCCCCAAUACCCUGACGAACCAUUUCUUUCACUUGAUCAUUGGAGAUAUGGUCCCUAUAGUAUAUGCCAAGAAUGCUUCUGAAACAUCUCAUCUCCAUCGCAUUUAUUUUCCUUUCCCUUUCUGCUGAUAAUGUCCAGGAUUCGCAGGCAUAUGUGGAAAAUGGAUAAGACUAAUGAGCGCAACAGCCUGAUUUUGGUGCUCGGGGCUAUAUUUUUGUUGUUCCUUAUUUUCGUGAGCCUCUUUAGUGCUGUUGUGGUCUGUGCAAUCCUUGAUAUCAGUACUGGCUUGGAGCCUUCUUCUGAGACUAUUGCUGUUAGGUAUUUGAAGCUGUUUACAGUCUCUAGUCUUUCCUCCCAGACCUUGAUUUCAGUGGCGAAACCGGUGGUGUUAUUUGUCAUCAAUUUUGUUUUUUCGGCACUUAUUUGCCUGCCAUAGGACGAUGAAGUCAUGUCAAGGUGCUUUACUAGGUUGGCUAGCUCUUCUUCGUUCCCAGCAAGUCCAUCAAUGUCAUCUGCAAAGCGUAAGUUAGUGAUUGUUUUGCCACUAAUGCUGAAGGUCCCGUCAUGCGCUUCCAUAGCAUCAGACAUAAUUCUUUCUAGGAAGAUGCUGAAAAGGGUGGGGGGGGAGCAUGCAGCCUUGUCUCCAUCCGUGAUCUCCAACCACUCUCCGAUGUUGUUGUUGAAGAAGACUACACUGGUGGCCUUAUCAAAGAGGUUGCACAUCAUUCUGGUUAGGUUUGUGUUGAUGUUGUAGUGCCCCAUGGUGGCCCAUAAGGCAGCAUGCCAAAUCCUGUCGAAUGCUUUGUUGAAAUCCACAAAGACUCGGUAUAGAUUUUGUUGGUGUUGAGCAUAUAUCUCACAUAGUAUUCGAGGUUUAGGAUCUGCUCAGUAGUGCCCUAUUCUUGCCUGAAGCCCACCUGUUUGUCAGCAAUGAUUCUGUCAGCAUAUGGUUUUAGUCGAUUCAAUGUGACAUUCAGCUUGACCUUGCUUGGGUGGCUUAUUAGGCUAAUUGUGCGAUAGUUUUGGCAUAGCUGUAGGUUACCUUUUUGUGGAGGGUGACGAUGAGCGACUGGGUCCAUGGUUUGGGCCAUUCCCCUGUCAGCCAUAUUUUGUUACAAAUAUUGAAUAGGGCACUUAUCAUUGCUUCUCCUCCUUGUUUCAUCAACUCAGCAGGGAUAUUAUCCACUCCUGCAGCCUUUCCUAUUUGAAGUGCUUGGACUGCUGCUUCUACUUCUGCGCGGAGAAUAGGGUAGUUAUCAUUGUCUGUUGCUGAAGGGACAUUAAGGAUCUCCAGGGCUAUCUUUAUAUUUUCGUUAUAAAGCUCUGAGCAAUAUUGAGUCCGUCUUUUUAGGAUAUCAUUUUCCUCGUCGAACAUUUACUACUUUUGACCUGCAUGGUAGUACUACGCCCUUGUUUUGCAGUGGUUAAUUCUUUCACCAACUGGUAAGCUUUUUUGCUAUUGUUUCUCUUCAAGCAGUUUUUAAUGUCAUAGCUUUGCUCUUCAAUCCAGUUCUUCUUUGCCCUUUUCAUACCUUUUUUUGAUGGAUUGGUUAACUGUCCUAUAUUUAUUUGGCCCCCUCUUUAUCUAUCAUUUUGGUUUUCUUUAACUGCCUCCGUUUAUCACACAUAUUAAGUAUGUCAGCUGUCACCCAUGGUUUUUGGGUUGAUCGAUGUCUACCAAGGAUGUCAUGAGCUGUGUCCGUCACAGCUGUGUUGAAGAUAUCAAUCAAUGUGUCCAUGUCUGCACAGUCGGCAUCUAUGAUGUUAAGCGCUGCAAUUUUUCUUCCUAUCAUUGCUUGGAAGGCUUCUGCUACUUUAGGAUCCUUCAGCUUUUCAUGGUCGAAUUUGAUUCUGGCAAAUCCCUGUUUGUUUACCCUCUAUAACUGCAGCCUAAAUGUCCCCAUGACUAGAUCGUGGUCGCUUCCAAUGUCAGCUCCAGGGAAGCUGCGGGUCUUGGCAAUGUUUAUACUGGACCGGAAGCGUGUUUACAACAUGAUGCAGUCAAUCUGGUUGUGGUGUUUCCCAUUGGGGCUAUGCCAUGUGGUUGUCCUGGAUAUUUUAUUUGCACCCAUUGUGUUGGCCAGUAUGUGUUUGUUGACGGGACGUGACGUUUUGGCCCAGGUCAUUUUGGCGCACAGAUGGCCUAAGCCAUUAUUUACCGUUCCUGCCUAAUCAUGCACGCGCUUCACAUUUAUAAAAGUGCUAGAGUGUUCUAGACUAAUAUCAUAAGUUAAGUAGAGUUUCAUAAAUAUAUUUAUUUAUUUAUUUAUUUAGACAUUUUUAUAUAGCGCUUACCUUAAGCUCUAAGCGCAUUACAAUUAUUAAAAACAUGUAAACUAAGUAAAAUAAAAAUGAGACAUUAGGAUAGUAACUACUAUAAUAUAGAAACAAUGAAAAUGGCUAUAAAACGAGGACACUUUGGCACGUUUUGGUCUAUACUACAGGAUCAACCCGAGACAGAAAAUGAGGCAGGGCAAGGAGGGUGCAUCACAGGUCAUAGACGGAGCUAAACAGAUGGGUUUUAAGGGACUUUUUAAAAGUGGACGAAGUUUCACAAUGACGGAUAUGGAAGGGGAGCUGGUUCCAGAACGUGGGCCCAUGGAAGUAGAAGGAGCUUUCACCGAUGGUCUUAGUUAUUUAAAGUUUAUAAACGUUACGUUAAAUAAAAAUGUUAUUUUUAAAUGGCGCCAAAAUGUCCUGCGGUAAAAUGGUUGUGCCAAAACGACAGCGCCAAAAAGUCCUGCUUCGGUUCGUUGAAGCUGGCGAAUUCCAAGAGCCUCAGACUUCUCCCGUUUGAAUUUUCGUUACACUGGCGCCCACGUGUUCGUUUCCAGUUUUCAUAGGCAUCUUCUCCUAUUUUGGCAUUCCAGUCACCCUGAACAACAAGAACGUCUUUCUUGGGGGUUUGGUUUAGCAAAUCCUGGAGUUCAUGGUAAAAGUCAUCCACUUCUUUCGUCAUUAUAAUCUGACGUUUGGUGCAUACGCCUGUACGAUGGUGACGCUGAACGGUGUUGCCCUUAGACGAAGAGUGAUGAGCCGGCUCGAAACUGGUCGAUAGCUUAAAAUACUGUUCUUAAUGUGUUUUUUUAUGGACGAGGAAGCCAACUCCUUGUUUGCAUGUGUCCUCACGCCCACUAAAAUGCACUGGGUGGCCUUCUUGGAUUGAUGUUUUUCCAAAGUUUGUCAAUCUCAUUUCACACAGACCUUAUGUGCCGAAUUGAUAAGCUUCAAAUUGAACGUUGUAACAUAAUGUGAUAAAGAUAAUAUAAAUUUGCGAUUCUUCCACGAAAUAUAUAUUUAGAAAAUGAAAUAAUUUAAGCAUUGACUUAUUUUGGUGUAAAAUAUUGAGAAUCCUUAUCCUUUCUUAUCGCCAGACCAUUAUCCCCAAAGAUAUCCUCGGAGAGGCUGUGAACCGAUCGAGAGAAAAACUAGUAGCCGGAGACUUCUCCAGGGACAACCUCAAGACACUUUCCGAUGUACUUUUACUUUUUUGGAACGCUACUCUUCAAUUUUACUCUAAUACUUUGAAAGACGCUGAUGCUAAUACUCUGUUUACGGUAAGUGCUAGAGCGUGACCAGUGGUACCUCAGUACAAUAGCUUACCCGUGGCACCCCCAAUAUAAGAGCUUAACCGUUGCAUCCCAAAUAUAAGAGCAUACCCGUGGCACCCCAAAUAUAAAAGCUUACCCGUUACACCCCAAUAUAAGAGCUUACACGUGACACCCCAAUAUAAGAGCUUACCCGUGGCACCCCAAAUAUAAAAGCUUACCCGUUACACCCCAAUAUAAGAGCUUACCCGUGGCACCCGAAUAUGAGAGCUUACCCGUGAAACCCCAAUAUAAGAGCUUACCCGUGGCACCCAACUAUAAGAGCUUACUCGUGACACUCCCAAAAUAAGAGCUUACCCGUGACUCCCCCAAUAUAAGAGCUUACCAGAGACUCACCCAAUAUAAAAAAUCUUACCCGUGACACCCCAAUAUAAGAGCUUACCAGAGACUCACCCAAUAUAAAAAAUCUUACCCAUGACACCCCAAUAUAAGAGCUUACCCGUGGCACCCAACUAUAAGAGCUUACUCGUGACACUCCCAAUAUAAGAGCUUACCCGUGACUCCUCCAAUGCAAGAGAUGGCCAAUUACACCCCAAUAUAAGAACUUCCCCGUGACACCCCAAUAAAAGACCUUACCCGUGGCACUCCCAAAAUAAGAGCUUACCCGUGACGCCCCAAAUAUAAGAGCUUACCCAUGACACCCCAAUAUAAGAGCUUACCAGAGACUCACCCAAUAUAAAAAAUCUUACCCGUGACACCCCAAUAUAAGAGCUUACCCGUGGCACCCCAAUAUAAGAGCUUAAACGUGACACCCCAAUAUAAGAGCUUACCCGUGGCACCCCAAAUAUAACAGCUUACCCGUUACACCCCAAUAUAAGAGCUUAUCCGUGGCACCCCAAUAUAAGAGCUUACCCGGGACACUCCCAAUAUAAGAGCUUACCCGAGACUCCCCCAAUGCAAGAGAUGGCCCGUUACACCCCAAUAUAAGAACUUAACCGUGAAACCCCAUUAUAAGACCUUACCCGUGGCACUCCCUAAAUAAGAGGUUACCCGUGACAUCACAAUAUAAGAGCUUACCCGAGACUCCCCCAAUUUUAGAGCUUAUCCGAGACUCCCCCGAUAUAAGAGCUUACCCGUGACACCCUAAUACAAUAGCUUACCCGUGACACCCCCAAUAUAAAAAAUCUUACCCGUGACACCCCAAUAUAAGAGCUUACUCGUGGCACCCCAAAUAUAAGAGCUUACCCGUUCCUCCCCAAUAUAAGAGCUUACCCGUGACACCCCAAUACAUGAGCUUACCCGUGAUACCCCUCAAUAUAAGCACUUACCCGUGACACCCCCAAUACAUGAGCUUACCCGUGGCACCCCCAAUAUAAGCACUUACCCGUGGCACCCCCAAUAUAAGCAUUUACCCGUGGCUCCCCCAAUGCAAGAGCAUCAACCGCAGCGCAAUAGAUUGCUUAAAUACGAAUCACUAAAUGUACAGCUCAAAGUUUACUGUUUAUGUAAAGAAUUAAGUUUUAGUUUAAUAAUUCAUCAAAUUUCUACCUUAAUUUAUUCUCGAUGAAGGAAAGGGCAUUUUUUUUUACCCUAGCACAUUCUCGGGACUUCAACCUAGCUAGCGCUUUCUCAGGACUUAAACUUAGCUAGCACAGUCUCAGGACUGUUACUUAACUAGUCCAUGAUCAGGAUCAAUCUUUCGUUAGCUUAUUCUCAGUAACAAUCACUAGUUAUCACAUUUCCAGGACCAUUUGUUUGGGUUAUCCCACAGAGAGCCAGCAUAACAGUGCGAUGGUAUUGCAUUUUUUGUAAUUAUAUUCCAGAAAUUGUUUGCGCAUUUUAAAAGAUUGAUUAACAUUCCCAUACAUUUUUUUUUUUUUUACAAAUAAGGGAAAAUUAUUUAUAGCUACAGUUUUAAGUUUUUAUGGAAGAGUCACUUGUAAUAUAGCAGUCAGAGAUCUUUAUCAAAUCCAUUUGUCAACAAGAAAAAAAAUUGUUCGUACCUAAAAUAAACGCUCAAUAAUGUGGCUAUUGUUGCUACGCAAGGGAUUAACGUUAUGGUUGUGUAACAGUCACCAAGGAAUUGACAACAAUCUGGGCUUUAAGGUAAAUUAUACUGGACAUAAACUGACCGGCGACAAAUCGAGAGGAAUCGAGCUUGUGGGCCCCACUUAAUUAAUUACAUAAUGCUUAGACGCCAAGAGGUUUCGCGCCUGAAUCUACCAGAAUACUUGACCAGACGCUCGGAGGAAUCCUUCGAUUGAUGUAUAUUAGUGCUAGUCGCAGUGGCCCUGAAUCGUUGAACGUCCAUUAAUGCCACAGAGAGGGAAGGCAAGGGAAAGAGUCUGUGGUUAAGCACAGCGCCAACACUUUAGUACGAUGUGUUUUUAGGCUCGACAGCCAUGUCUGAUAGUAUAAAGCAGGCCUGCACAACUCAAAAUGUAAGGUCAACCGUAAUACUUUAUGAAAACCUUGUGCUGGUUGUAAUACUUUAUGAAAAACUUGUGCGGGCCGAAAGAUAAUAUGACGGGGGCGAAAAAUGUUAAUAAAAUAAAAAUAAUAAAGAAUAUUUCGUUACUUGGCAGGCCAUAAAGUGGGUACUGGCAGGCCGCAAUGUGGCCCGCAGGCCGUAAGUUGUGCAGGCCUGGUAUGAAGGAAUAAAAGCCUUCUUCAGCAGACAAGACAAGAAACUACCGAGAUAUAGUGAAUAUAGCAAUAGACAUGUAGACAGGUGAUACGCGGUGGGUCUAUAAAGCGAACAUACAGACAUGUGGACUAGUGAUACAUGGUGUGUCUAUAAACUGAACAUUACUUCAGUUUUUUACCACCGCACGUAACAUGCAUUGGUUUAUUGUUGCACAGAUGUGUCCCAGAAAUUAAAGCUUAUUUUUUUCUUUUGAGAGCACUGUAGUUAGUAACCAUUUGUAGUGAGGCCGCUGCAAACAGCUACGACUAAGCGAGUUAUCAGUUUGCACCAUGUCCACUAACUUUCGCCUCUGAUCACGUUGACUGGAAACCGGAAUACAGCUCUUGUAUUAGGGUGCCACGGGUAAGUUCGUGUAUUGGGGGGUGUCCAGAAAUGUUGAUAAUUUCUCGACGCGCCCGUAAGGAUGCCGAAGUGACACUUGACAUUACCCAUGACGUGAUCUUUUUUUUAAAAAGUUUUUAUCAAGUAUUUCUUCCAUUUCUUACUCUCGUACCAGAACGGGCUGUACCUCUACUCCAAUGCGUGCAUAAACUACUUAAUCGAGCACGACAAUUUCAAAAAAGACAUUUUACAAUGGCCGUCUGGUCAACUGAAGAACCGUCGAAAUAAGAUAGCUGACAUGAAUGAAGGGUGCGCAAAAAAGUUGAAUCCCUUUUCGAAUGAACUGCGGAUGGCAAUUCGGGGAAUAGACGAGCUGGGCGUUCACUCAAGGAAUUACUUAAAGAUCGUUCCGGCCCUGAACAUGUACUUGAUGCAUUUCAACGUCUCCAAGUUUCAAAUUGCUGAGAUGUUUAAUGACCGGAGCAUCCAAGAGGUGCACGGCUGGAUGGAAGAAAUGAAAAUGUCGAUAUCUUCAAAAGCGGACAAUUAUCUCAAGUAUGGAACAGAAAUGGUCCGAUGUUAUGAGGACUUUUAUUCAGGAAUUUUUGAAAGUGAUGAGAUAUCGCGUGCCUUCGAGCAGAACGGAGACAUUUUUCAAAUUACCAAGAAACACAGGGAUUCUCUUUUAAAUGAG